AUGAAUCUACACGAUCUGGUCAAAAACGACUGCCAUGAAGAAAUAUCUCGUUUAGAACAUCCGGAAUUCAACCAAUUCCGGGUGGUUGCAUACAUCAACCUGGGAAAGUUUGAAGAGGCUUUAAGAUAUGCAGAGAAAGAUUCCUUUGAAAGGGCUUAUGCACUAUACAAGCUGAAAAAGUAUAAGAAGGCACUCAGGAUUCUGAAACGCAUAGACACUGAAGGAAGCAAGGUCCUUGCCUCCCAGUGUUUGUAUUACCUGGGAUACUACAACACGGCCUAUAAAAUACUUUCAGAGGUCAAGAAAGAUGACGACAUAGUUGUGAAUCUGCAGGCCAUGAAGGGAUUAGCGAUGCUUGCAGAUAAAAACCAGUAUGCGUUUGGGAAUAAGUUCCAGCUGAGAAAGAGGGAUGAGCUUGCGCAGUUUGAGGAUCUGUCAAGGCACGAUAUUAAGCACACUGAAGGGCGUGUGGAUUUCAUAUUCAACCUGUCGUUUGAAAGCCUUGCUAACGAGGAGGAGUUUGUAAACUUCCUUUAUCGUCAGCUAGAAAAACCAGAAAUGAGUGGGACAAUUGUAGAAGAGCAGCUAAAGAACAUCAAGGGAGAAGAAGUAAAUCCCGACCUGCUUCUGAGGAACCAAAGAGAAACCUUUGAAUUCAACAGGGGUGCUAUAGACAAGUUUUCAAAUCCAUUGCACUUCCAGCAGAACUUCCAAGGACUAGGCAAUUCCGAAAGCAUCACUAGAGGAAACGUAUCCUUGUGGAUUGAAAGAGUAUAUAGCAGCAACUUCAGCAUCCAAGCCGAGAAAAUUCCCCUGCUUUCUCCAAAGAUGGUACUUCUUCGCAUCCUUACCCUGUGUAAGAGCGGGAGCUUCCCUUCGCAAAGAUUACUGAGAAAGGCUAAAGAGUGGCCUGAGUCGCCUGCCAAGAGUUAUCUAUGUGUUUUCGACCCAAUGGCCAGUCUCUCCAAAGAGUUCUACAUCAGGCUAUCAAAAGACAUAAUGAAUUAA